GAAGACACCUACUACAACCUUAACACCAAAUUGAUGACUUCCUUCCAAUGGUCUGCCAGGUUUUGUCGAACCGAACGACCUGGCUUCCUCUUAAUACACGACGACUACGGCAUCCACCCGGCAAAUCUGCGUCGUUUUCUCGCACGCCUGGAAGCAGGCUGGCGAGAGCGCAAAGUCGUUGCCAAACUGACUAUUAUAACCCGUGGGCAUUCUCCAAGCGUGACAUGCCCUGGCACCGUAUGUGCGUUCUACUUCCUGGGUUAUGAACAGGUGGAAAAGCUGGCCAUCGCUAUGCAUUUUACUCGCCCCAUCCCUGUUGACGAUGUCUGGUUGGGUCUGCGCUUUCAGUACCGACGGCGCAUACGGCUACUCAACACCGCCAAUGCCAUUAGAAAGCGAAACAUUACAAUGCCGAUGUCGGCUAUGUAA